AUGUCCAGCUUUAUCCCAGAGCUGCACAGCUCGACGCCCCCCGCACCACCCCCCAAAGGCGGCAGCCACGACGUCAGCAGCAUCAGCACUCCCACCACAAGCUCGUCACCACCUCCCCCGCCCUUCCUACCUCGACCGCUCCCAAGCGACGGCCAAAUCGUCUCUGCGGCCUCAACGCCCCCCCCAUUGACAGUCUCCGAGCCGAUCCCCGACCCGGGCGACGGCUGGCUGCCCGAAAUACUAAGAGACAAGUCGUACGUGUUUGCCCCCACCCCUUCUCUUCGGCCGCAAAAACGCAAAAACAAUGCUAAACAGAGGAACCUCCUCCAGAACGCAAGACUUGGCGGACAUCCUCGCCAACCCGGUCCUGCUCAACGCCCUAGCGCACGCGCCCACCUCGUCGCACGACAGCACCAAGACGUCGCACGCGAACCUCUCGGCGGCGCUGGCCCAAAACACCCAGCUGGCGAGGCAGCUGCGCGGCGCCGAGGCGCGGCUCGCGCACCAGCGCUCCACGACGCAGGCGCAGCUGCUGGCGACGCACGCCCUCGAGAGGCAGUGGCGCCAGAAGCAGUCCGACAUGGACCACGCGCUGGCCCCCUUCUCCCCGGCCUCGCUGUACCAGCAGCUGGCGCAGGGGGUGCAGGAGCAGGCGCUCGUGUGCCAGGCCAUGGAGGAGAGCUUCCUCGAGGGCGGCGCGGGCGCGGGCGCGGACGGCGUCCCCGCGUCGGAGAGGGAGGUGACGGAGUGGAUUCGGCGGUAUCGGGAGGCAAAGGUGCUGUGUUGUUUGAGGCAGGAGAGGAAGGAGAGGUGGGAUGA